ACAGACCGAGCCCGACAUGAAGACAGUCAGUGAGUACUUGGAGAACGUGCUUGAGGAGACGGGUGGAUUUGGGAAGUUCCAGAUCCUUCUUCAUGGCAGCAUUCUCUUCAGUAAGGUGUCCAUUACUUGGAGUCUCCUCAUCAUGGCGUUCGCUGGGGCUGCUCCAGACUGGUGGUGUGUCUACUCCAACACAACCGAUGUCCAAUCUUCCAUAAACUACAGCACCAUAUCGAACACAACCAUGACGUCACCAGUCCAUGACGUGUUUCUAGCGUCUAAAACAUGUUCACCCCCUGUUAACGGAUCUACCUGCCAAGCUUUCGUCUUCGACAACAGCAUGAAGACGAUCAUCAGCGAGUGGGGAUUGAUCUGCGACAGAAAGUGGGUGACAGCGACUGUCUCCUCGGUACAAAUGGCGGGUCUUCUCAUUUCCGGUUUUCUGGGUGGACAGUUGGCGGAUCUGCUGGGGCGGAAACCGACAUUCUUUGUGUCGCUUUUCAUUCUAUCCGCCUCUAAUAUUGUGGCUGGAUUUUCCCAGUCCUGGGUGAUGUUCGCUGUGACCCGUUUUAUCAUCGGACUGGGGUGUGGAGCAUACCUCACUGUUUUCUACACAUUCUCUGUUGAGUUCACACCAACUAAAUUCCGUCCCAUUCAGUUAGCCGUCCCGGAUUGGUCAAUCUGGGCCGCCUUGUUGGGGCUUUGUUCCUAUCUGUUGAAGGACUGGAGUAGUUUACAUAUUCUAACUGGAGUUUUGACUGGACUCAGUCUUUUGUCCUGGUGGAUUGUUCCCGAAAGUUUCCGAUGGUUAGUGUCACAUGACAAAUUGGCCGAGGCAGAUAGGGUCAUCAAGAAAAUUGCUCACUUAAACAACCAUCCCAAACCCGAUCUUAAUAAACUCCAAGCCGUCCUAGAAUCGGAUAGCACGUUUCAAGGAGACAGAAAAUACACAUUUUUGGAAUUGUUCCGAAGUCGAACCCUUUUGGUCAACACUGCAUUAGCUGGUGUUGCCUGGUUCUCUUGUGGUUAUGCCUACUACGCUAUUUCCUAUAGCGUGGACCAACUCUCAGGAAACCUCUACCUCAACAUGUUUCUUCUUAGUGUCAUCGACAUUCCCGCUCUUAUGAGCAUUUGGUACCUCAGUAACCGUAUCGGGCGCAGAUGGACAUGUCUUGGUUACUUUGUGAUUGGCUCCCUGGCUUGUCUGGGCGUGGCGGUAUCACAGAUGAUAGAUGUGGAAAAAGACCUCCAGAAAAAUCUCAUUAAUGGAUUCGCUCUGGCAGCCAAAUUUGGUGUUUCUGCUUCCUGGGCCGCCAUCAUGGCUUUUACAACGGAAGUUUAUCCCACUGUCGUCAGGAACAUCGGUUAUGGAACGCAGAACUCUAUUUCACGGGUAGGAGCUCUGAUAGCUCCACAACUCGUUCUCGUGAACAAAGAAACCCCUGGGGUUAUGUACAUCAUUUGUUUUAUUGUGACCUUGGUCUCGGCCAUCAUGUGUCUCUUGUUGAAAGAAACAAAAGACAAAACGAUUGGAGACAAUUUGGAGGUUUCGGUAAAGCGGAAGUCUGACAGUCGUGUGUGAUAUAGUGGAAUUAUGGGAUCACAGAACGAGAUGAGCACGUGAUUCACGAUCUGAGCAUUGGGACGCAGCAAUGACAAUAGCGCAUUAUACAACAUUGGUGCAAAAGCACUUCUUAACAACAUUUGAAAACAUGUGUACCUCUGAUAAUUCUGGACGUUUUACUUUCUAUGUGAAAUGUGAAGAUGUAUGUGAAAGCAAUGAACAAAUUUUACAAUUACGUACAUAAUCCGUAAACCAAAUAAUUACAUUAUCUGUCAAAAUACAAUUUACUUAUCUGGCAACUAUAUAUCAUUCACAGAGGUCACUACAUUCAGAUUCAAAUAAAUAUAUAUAAUUUCAUACGACAUACUAUGAAUACAGAUGUUUUAUAAAAAAAAGAUAUUUAACUAA